ACACAUUGGUCAGGUGUCUCAUGCAAGUGUGUCUGUGUGUCCAGUCAUCUGGGCACUGGUUCUAGACACCUAGGAAGAUGGAUUUAACGGUUUUUCUUGUCAUCGGUGUACUGUCUGCGCUAGACUGUAUCCUAGGGGCCAAAUACUCUCUCCACAAGCAAGAGGUCACCUGGUUCGAUGCCGUGGAGAAAUGUAAAGUAGCCGAGCGAUCUCUGGCCAAGAUUACGUCACAAGAGGACCAGGACUAUGUGGUCAACAAUUUCAAGGACUCCAUUAAGGGGUUUGUCUGGCUGGGACUUAAAGGUGUGGACAACACUACCCGGCUCACGUGGGUGGACGACAGUGAGGUGGUCUAUGCCAACUGGGCUGUAGGUUUUCCAGACCACGAGAAUGGCGUCAACUGUGCCCGGAUACGUUACUUCGACUACAUGUGGGACACCGUCAACUGCUCCACCCCACAGAACUAUCUGUGUCAGGAUACGGACAUCCCGGCUCCCUACGUGGUGACGAUGCAGACAAAAAUCACCGGCGUGGUCGCUGGCCUGUGCACCGUGGGCGGCCUCGUCCUCGUUAUCUGCAUCCUGCUUCAGCUCAAGUGCUUCAGGGGAGAGACCCCCGGCCGGCAGGUCGUCAAGAGGUUCAACGGCUGGGACAAGAUGAGCAACGCCCCUGGCUCGAAAAGCUCGGACACCCUCUCCACCCAGGGGUUCUCCAACGGUGAGGUGGUGUCAUCGGAGGGGUGCACAAGCGGGGAGGUUGUGACCCCUCAUGGGUUUUCUGAUGAAAAGGUCGUGCCAGUAGAGGGGUGUUCAAGUGCUGAUGGUGUUACAAAGAUAACUCCCAUGGGUCCUGGAUACUAA